AGGAACUCAUGGAGGCGGUUCAGGGGGUUGACCAAAAGAACUAAGCGCCGUCCAGGGGCGUGGUUGGAGGUGAAGGGAUUUCUGCUGUGGUUUCGUGCGUUGGAAGCUGGAGGUAUCACGAUGCAGCUGUUGGCGUCCCAGGAAAAUACAAUGUUCUAUAAAGUUAUUAUUUACUGAAGACUACUCAUCCUGACUCCGUAGCUUAUUGCUGACAAUAUUUAUCACUUAAGAGCUCCUGGUGCAGUUUGCAGAGGGGAAUGGCUGUGAGAGCUUGUGGCUUGAUCAUCUACAGGAGGCUGCAGCCAGCACCAUCCUCAAAGGUCACUGACAGCAUUGAGUACCUCCUGCUUCAGACAUCCUACGGGACCCACCACUGGACCCCGCCCAAAGGCCACGUGGACCCAGGGGAGGAUGACCUGCAGACAGCCUUCCGGGAAACGCAGGAGGAGGCUGGUCUGCAGGCCAGCCAGCUCACCCUCAUUGAGGGCUACAAGAAGGAGCUGCACUACCCUGUCCAUGGCAAGCCUAAGACCGUCGUGUACUGGCUGGCGGAAAUGAAGGACUACAACACAGAAAUCAAGCUGUCGGAGGAGCACCAAGCUUUCCAGUGGCUGAAGCUGGAGGAUGCCUGCAAAUUUGCAGAAUAUGAAGACAUGCAAGCAAUGCUGAAGGAAGUGCAUCAGUUUCUCUGCUCCAGAGAAUAAGUGUUUUUGUGAAGUAUAAGGGGAUUUCUUGAGGAAACAUGGCUGCUUUUUAUUUUUUAAACUGGGGGAAGAAUUACAUGGCUGCAGAAAUGUAGAUUUCUUUUUUUUUAAAUCUGUAGAAAUUCAGUGAGGAUACAUGGAACUUUUAAACAGAUUGUGUUUUUUCUCCCCUAGCUAGUACAAAAAAGUGUAGUCUGAUUGAACCAUAAGCCAGAGAUGGCUGAAUUGAAGCCCAGAGCUAACAAAAGACUUCCUCUGUCUCCUUUUCUUUUUCUUUUUUUCCCCCUUUCUUUUUCUCCCUUGAAGUGCGGAACAACUUUUUUUCUUUUUGAAAAAUCAAACACUCGAUAUAUCUUGACUUGCUGAUGUACAGCUAGAGUGUUGAGAAAAUGAGCAUAUGGGGAUUUUUGAUAACAAAAGGCUUACUACAGAAGUCAUACCUUGAAUUUCAAAUGAGGAAGCAGUAUUUCUGUUCCCAACUCUUCCACUGAUAUGCAGUGAUAACUUGUCAGAUCAUUUCAGGUCUUUUUUGUUCGUAUCAUGAAUUUAUGUACAUCCCUAAUGUACUGUUGUGAUUUUCCAUCCAGAGAGUCUUAGUAAAUGGUUGAUGUAUGGUA